AUGGACCUCGAUGAGGGUCAUGGCGAGCCAAAUGUAAGUUCUGUCUAGCUAUAUUUCUUUAAUUGCUGCGACUACGCUGCUCUUGCGUGAUAAUGCUAUUAAGAGAGGAUUUCUUUGUCUCCUUUGAUUAAUUUGUCGCUUUCGGAGACAGUUUCUAUGCAUUUGAAUCGUCUGAAGUGGCAAAAUUUUCCAAAAAUGCUUGUCUCUUAAACUUGGAUCUGGGAUUUUUACUGUCAUCCAUUAAUUUCAAAAACGCUUCUGUUCAUCUAUGGUUUAUUUGCCACAGUAGCCAGUCAUUACUCAUCUUCGUGCCGGCUUUGAAGAUUGUAAGUCUAGUCAGUUUGAAUGUUUUCAGUCUUGACCGUCAAGACAACGGCCCUUAACUUGAGUAUGUGAAUCUUUGGCUCAAGUCGCUCCGCGAGCUAACGGUUGACCAUGCCUGGCUGGCGAUGCACGAGGAGCCAGAAACGACCAUUGCGGUGCCCUCUGUCAGCGUUGGCAAGCACUUUUAAGCAACACUUACUAAUUGCAAUGGCCGUAGACUCACGACUCCCCAUGAAGCGAAAGGAAGGUCUUCACAGCUUUGUUUCAAUGCCAGACCUAAGUCUGGACAGACAAACAAGUUUUGCCUUGCCCGGCCAGUCAUGUUUUGGUGCCACGCAUAAUCACCAGACUUUGAGGCACAUAUCCCACUUGUAUCUGAGUGACUCGAAGGAGGACGACCCCUCUCAAAUUUACAGCUGUAAAGAAUAUAAGCAUACUGUAUAGCCCUACCUCCAAUUACUGAAACAGACGUGGAUGACCACAACGCGCGUGCCAAUUAAACUUUCAUCAAGAUGGCUGACUUUUUCGCGUACCGAGCCUGAUCUAAAUUCUCCUCUGCUCCGGUGACCUUUUUAUCCCCCACAAUGACGCCCAAAGGAAUUGGUCCUGGAAUUUCCUUAUCCAACAGAAACUGUUUUCUCAUCUGCGUUCCCAAGUCAGACUUUUGAGAGAGGACUUUCUGCACAGCCCUAGUAGUUUGACAGAAGUUAGGAGGACCACCGCUCCUCCGAGGAUUCAGUGAAUUAAGUUUGUAGUCGGGGCGACUUUCGACGCAUCUACCUCACUCCUCUGUCUUCACGUGCACUCCGUUCCAACGGAAAGAUAAGGACAGCGCGUCCGGAGAUGGCAAACGAGGCUGAAUUCACGCCUCGUUACACACACACACGCGAACCAGACCCUUCUCUAACAGAUGUGUGACCAUAUGAAGCAGUCAUUGUCUUCAGAUUCCCACUUUAAAAGCCCACUAAAUUAACCUGUCAGUUGGCAACCUUGCAAGCCACAAUGGUCAACUCGUCGCGAUAGUCCUUGAGCACGCUGGAUUUGCGUUAUUUCGAUCCCCAUUUCAUGCCGACCGGCUGGACCCAGUGACUGGCCUAACUCGAAGCCUCCGUCCAACGAUUGCCACUCGCCAACUUUAUGAUGUUUUGCUCGCCAGCACCGACGCGGGCGAACUUGGUCACACGACUGUUGCUGUGUGAUGCGUUAUUGUUUUUCUGUAUGCGCGCAUGACAGAGUAGAACGCCGGGAUGCUAAAAUUUUCUGGGAUAGUGUGAUAAUUCACGAUGGACCUGAGAGGUACUCGUGAUUACUCACGAGUCCGAUCAAACCUAGGCGUCUUGAGAACUCCCGCCCUGGCUGCGUAUUCCUUGAUCACAAACGCAAGCACACGCGUUGUUUCGUUUGUCAUUGCCGACGUCGACGAAUUCCGUCGCAGAGCGGUUAUGUGAGUGGGUGGGUGGUGUUUACGUGAUUGCGGCACAUGAAGAAACGGACCCAUGUGGUACCUAUUUGUGCGGGGCUGAGAAUUGUUCGCAGUGGCUCUUGCCAUCAGAUUGUGUUUACUGUUUGGGCGAGGGGUGGAGGGCGUAGAUGGUAGGCGUGUGGGUAGUAUCCGACUGGUGGACGGCCGGUGUUGGUCCCGUUUUUCGACCAGGAAGUAAUCUGCGUGGAGAUACGCUCAUUUUAGCCAAGAAUCAGAGUUACAGUAGGUGAUGAUCUGAAGUGCAGCAUGUGCCUUAGGUUUCUUUGCGGUCUCAAUCAUUCUGUCUAGACAACCUGGCAGCCGAUCGGAGGAUCGAUAGUACACCCUCAUGACCGGAGGUUUUCGGACUUGAGGGUCUGGAACUAAUUAAACGGCCAGGCUCCAUUUACCCAUGCAUCCUUCCUGUCCCGCUACAGAAUCGGCCGGCUACCGGGGCGUUACUCGCGCAGCUGACCAAGGAGAAGCUGGCGACUGGAGAGGACCAUUUGAGGACUUCCUCUUCCAACACCAGUCUCGACAGCCAUGUUUCCAUAACCUCCGCCGCGGACUCACAGCUAGCUCAGUCAUCAAACGCCGCCGCUAACACCACUCCCGCUACUGGCAGACGACGAUUACAGGUCAGCCGGAAGUCCACCAACUCCUCCGCGCAACGAACGGCCUCAUCGCUCUCCCUGGAGUCACGGGCCUUCAUCAACGGUGGCAGCCCGACCGUCUUCUCUCCAGCGUCAGCACUGUCGGACAACAGGGAAUUGGAUCGUCUGAAAUUCAGCAAUCCCGGCAAACAGAUGCGUGACCUUGAAAUUGACUGGUCAGACGGCAACCUCACCAGGGGUUUCAGGCGCCAGUUGACACUGCACUCGCAACUCUGCGAGCGCAAUAGGUUUGUAAACGUAACUCUGCAGGUUGACCGCUGUUUUGGGGGUAGAGGCUUCAGGAGAGUCGAAUACCUGUCUGCUAAUGCGUUGCACGCAGAAGUGUGUUCAGUGCCACCGAUUCCGAGAACUUUUUGAUUAUUUUCCGGAGUUCUGUUCUUUAAAGUCUUCCUAGCACAACGACCAUUUCGAAAUCGUGCCUGUGCGUUUCAUUUGCUGCGUAGGAUUUUUCGCUCAUUUAAUGUUUUUUUGUGAUCUAUUACCUAUCCGUGAAAGAAUGAGGCUUGGUGUUGAGACGAUGUGCCGGCACUGGUUAUUUAACCGCUCGCAAUAAAAUAGUUAAUCUGUCGUUCAUCAGAAGAAGAAGCGAUCGCUGGAACAAUGGCUUUAUUCGCCUGACGUUUCGGAUUCUCUCUUGAAUCCAUCAUCAGAGAAAGUGGCAGAAAAGGGUAACUCGUGCGCAGGAAGUCGCAGUAUUUAUAGGAUGCGGUCGCCAUGCUACCGCAUACCUACAGCAAUUAACCGUGCUCACUUCAUCAAGGAUUGUUGCCCGCUGGUGCGCUAAUUGCUUGAUGGCCGGCAUGCAAGUUGUUAAUUGCUGACAUCUCAUCACCCGUGUUGGAUGCUGGCGUGAUGAUUGCUCGGCCAUCUGGCUCACGUGCUUGCGCGCUCCUCGAGUGGUCAAUUGCUUUGGCCAGCACAUGCCUCAGGACAGAAUAUGGAGUGGGGAUGUCGUUGCACUUGUUGAUAGACUGAGGUCCCGUGAACCAUGACUCAAGCAACUCGCGGCUCACGCGAUUAUCCCCUCUCGCGAGAAUUGCGGCCUCGUCGAACUAGAAUGUGUGGCCGGGUCUCGUCGAAUGGGCCGCGACCUGAGAGUUGGCGUCAUUUCGCCGUACAGCUGCCACGUGUUCGGCGAUUCGCGUCCGGAGCAGUCUUCCAGUUUCUCCGACGUAGUUGCUUUGUCCGCAACUGCACCAGAUCCGGUAAACGACUCCAGAUGUUUCUUGUCUGGGAUAGGACCACAAAUGUUUGGUAAGGCAGCGACAAAUUGCCGCAUAGCUUAGGUUAGAUUGGGGGGAAUUUGCAUACUUUCUCACCCUCUCCCCACACACUUCGUGUUUCAGCGACAGAAGAUGAAGACGAAAGGAUGUUGGUGUGAACGAGGUGGCUGGUGGGCUAUUCGUGCGACUACGCGAACCACACACAUUCUGGCACCUCAACACAUGACUUCAAACACCGGGAUAUCGCACCAUUAAGGAGUGCCAUAAGGGUGCCAUCAGGAACUUGCCCCAGGCCAUGCGGACAAGUUUUGCCGUCAGUUCGAAGCCGAAGAGUGCUUCAGGGUAAUGUCCGGCCUCUGGAGAUAUGAUGGGACGCAGUGACACAGAACGCCUUUUCUCUCUCACUUUCACGUUCCACAUACGGGUUCAGUCUUUGUUUAGGUCUGAUGAAACAGCGUCCGCCGCCUUAAAGGGGGAUGCAGUGGCCUCCUGCCUACGCAUGUCCAAACUGUACACUAUCACUAACUAUAACAAUACGGAACGUAGCUCUGACUAACUUUGUUUACAACCUACGGCAUGCUUUCCUGCGGGUUCAUGUGGGCCUACAUGCGAUCAAUUGAUGUCGUUAGCAUCGUUAAGAAGACCCGUAUGCCACCCUUAUCCUGUGAGCAGUUUCGCAGAGGAAUGUGUAGUGCCGCCUCUUACUUGCUCAGUGGAUGGACAAAUUACAAGCACGGCGGAUUCUUUUCCCAAAACCUUUGACUAUGACAGAUGAAUUAAUUGUUUGAGUAGUCUUAAUCCAGCGGAAAACGAAGAAGAAUUUAUCAUUUUAUUCUCUCCUAUCCUUAUUCCUAUUCCCUCCUAUAUAUAUAUAUGUAUAUAUAUAUAUAUAUAUAUAUAUAUAUAUAUAUAUAUAUAUAUAUAUUCGAAAGAAAUAAGUGUGCAAAACAUUCAACAUUUAAACUUGCCGAAAAAGUCGAUUUUGCCUUGUCAUUCCUGCUGGUGUAUUGUUCUGAUUGGCCAAUGCCUUUUCCACUUUCCCUUGAGGCUGUUGUACACCGUAUCCAAUUCUACGUGCCGAUUGAUGCAUGCGUUAUCAGAAUGGAUGGCCUCUAAGAAUUCACGGCCCUUUUUAGAUGAGCAGACACCUACAAUGCGGGUCCUGUCCCAGGCGAACUUGUGCCCAGUGUCCAACGUAUGCAUGGCAACUUGGGACAAGUAGUCUCGCCUUUUUACGGCCAACUGAUGUUCGUGUAUUCGUGUAGAGGCCGAUUUCCCGGUUUGACCACAGUAAACCGCAUUACAGGUGUUGCAUGGUAUCUUAUAGACGACUUCCUUCUUACCUAAAUAGCCAACCCUAUCUUUAGGGUGUACAAGCUGGUUACGAAGUGUAGUCGUCGGCUUGUGCGCCACAUGUAUCUGGUGCUUCCUCAGGUGUCUUUCAACUAGUUCGGACACAUUCUUAAUGUAUAGACAGAAUGGCAUUACCGUCCUUGUCGGCAUGACGGAUCUAACAUAGCCAACUUGGGUGGAUAAUUGGCCUUGUGAGAGAGGGGGGUACGCGUUGUCAAGGCCAGCUAUAACCCUGUAAUUGGUGAUGUACCCAUCAGUCUUGCCAUUACAUACCUGGUUGACAUUAAAACACUAUUAAGUGUACACUCUGAUGACAAGCGAGAGUGGCGGGGAGGGAAGAGGGGUGGGUAUCGCUCUACUCCGACGAGACUUCUGGCUUUGGGCAUGGGUCCGCCACUAGCCCGUGUGCGAUAUUUUUAUGCAUGGUCGGAGGUUGGUCGCCCAUUUGGUCCAUUCCGGUGUGCCAGUCGUGACCGUUGAGAUCGUCCUGCCACUCUGGUCCGCGUACGGGAAUGCUCCGUUGAGGAGUUCGUUUUGUUCUGAGGGGCUCAUCAGCCCGCCCCUCGCGUCCCAUCGCCAAAUCGCAUCGCUUUUUAAGCCUGAUUACUUAACACCCCUUGGUGGUCUUCUCUGAACUCACGCCUCAUUCAUGUUUUGUUGCCCACAUCUCACGCGCAGCUCCGACCCCGGACUUUUCGACUCACGCGGUCGCAUCCUGCCCGAUUUGACGAACCGCUGCGAUUGCCUGCGUCCGGACUGCAAAGGCUGUUUCCUGCCCUGUCGUCGCUGUCAUUCCAAUAUGUGUGGCCCGCUGUGUCGAAUUUAUCGCAACUUUGUCUACGAGGAGGUAAGUGUGCGGCGCCCUGACCUGUCUGUUGGGCUAUCUGGUCCAUUUCUUACUAUUGUGUACCACAACCAUGCGGUCGUAUUAUACUACUCAGAAGUUCUUCCCAAUGGUUGUUCUUAGAAAUGUUCAGAGUUGGAGCAUUUGAACAGAGAGUCAGUAGUACCGUAGGUGGGCUAACUCAUGAAAUGUCAACCGAAAUUCCAAAAUGCGUUCUCGUUUCGAAAAGAUUAAUUAAGUAGGGUUUUAGAACUGACCAUCACGCAGCAUUAGUCCAUAACAAUUCAGUUACCUCAGGAUGCCGGCUUUCGAAAGAACUUCUUAUCGGCUGCAUGCAAAAACUAUACUCUGCAAAGAAUGACUACUUAAACAGCAUGCACUUUUCUCACUGAUUUUCGAUGCCCUUAAAAGUCCAAUUAUAUUUCAUUGAAAACAUGCAUCGAAAUAUUCAUUCUUUCGCUCAUUCGGUAGACAAUUACGUCUUCUUCCAAUUUUAUACUCGAAGGAGGGACAUAAUUCGGUUUUCAAAGACUUUUCCAAUUCCCGAAUAAUUUUGAACCCGCUCAACCGUUACACUUUGAUUCCGGGUUUCCAAACUACAAGCCGUACAUUUUCCGCGUAAGGAAAACCACACAUAUCUCUACGGUGAUAAAGGGGGACUAUAUGGGGUUCAUGAAAUUUAUCAGUGGAUUUGAUCCAUAUUGUUAAGUUUAUAAGCCACAUUAUUAAAUUCAGAGAGAUGGCGUUUUAUAAACGGCCAUUUCAUGGUAUUAAAAAAAACUCACAAUUAGAAACUUUUUAAAAACCGAAUGAUACCCUUCCUUCGAGUACAAAUUUGAAAGAAGGCACCAUUUUCCACCGAAUGAGCAGAAGAAUGAGUAUUUUGUGCAUGUUUUCUAUGAAAUAUAAAAUAAUUUUUAAGGGCGCCGAAAAUCCAUGAGAAAAAUGCAUGCUACUUAAGUAGUCUUUUUUUCAGGGUGUGAUUUUUACAUGCGGCCCGGAAAGAUGUUGGUUCGAAAGCAAGCAUCUCGAGGUUACUGAAUUAUUAUAGAAUUAUCCUGCAAGAUGAUUUGUUUUACGACACUAUUUACUUAAUCUUUUUUCGAAAUGAAACACAUUUAGGAAUUUCGGUUGACAUUUCAUGAGUUAGCCCACCUACUGUAUGUUUUAGCGACCUAUAACUUCCUGUCGCUAUCACUGACGGCCUCCAAAGGCGGAUAGUUUAGGUGGUCAUGCGCAGAAAUCAAUCCCUUCUCGGCACCAGACUGGACAAGGUCUUAUUUCGUAGCCUUACCUGCUAGGUGUUACGGUUAGGGGUUGGGGUUAGGCUUAGGGGUUAGGGGCUAGGCUGGGGCUUGUCUACUGCAGGUACGGCUACUAAAUAAGAUCCAACGCCAGACUGAUUUCUUUUGGGUCAAAGAAGCCCCUCUUCACACUCUUGAUUUUGAUUUGGGCUCCUCGUUUUCAAAAAAGUGGUCUAGCCCAUGCCCAUCAGUGCUUCGACGUCUUAACAGGAAAGUGUGCCGCGCCCUGCGCAAAAGUUAUCGUUGUUUAGUCUCUUACUUGCAAGUACUUAUGCACCACAACCAUGCAGUUGCGUUAUAGUAUUCAAAAUUUCUCUUCAGUGGAAUCUUUAAACAUGUUUCUCAUCGGUCCAGAUGCGAAACAUUUGGGCAGACAGCCGGUAGUACGUGCUAGCAACCGAUGACUUAUUUUCUGGUUUCCCUGUUGCCUAUGUGGCCAUUAUUCACGGUCCCCAAGGGGCGGAUAGCUGAGAUCAAUCCCUUCUCGGCAUCAGACUGAUUUCCUUAGGGUCGGAGGUGCCCUGUACUGGCCCAACUGUAGGCGCAUGUUGCAAGGCUGAGCCUAUCGUGACUGCUAGUACGUACGCACUAAUUGGUCUGUCUAGUUUCUUAUAACAAGUACUUAUGCACCACAACCAUGCGGCAGUGUUACGCCAUCCGGAAUUUUCCCCCAUUAAUUAUCUUUAGAAAUGUCUCUCGUUGGCUUUGGGAACUCACUCGUUCCGUUGUGCUUAACGGGCUUUCUCUCGAGCCCAACCAGCAGCCGCACAGCGGCACUUGAUGUAGGCGGAAUUAUAUUACCGACAAAGACAAGGGAGACUGGAAUGGCCAUUUCUGGCUUAUUAGCCGUCGUCAGCCAGUCAUAUCCAACCCAGAAGUGUAGAGCACCCGAGGCUCGAACUCGCGACCUGUUAGUUAGAAGUCCACGCCUCUAACCAGUGGGCCACGGGCUCGUUGUCCUGUCGGUUCCGAUCGGGAAUGUACAAUUGUUGAGGGGCGCUCACCGAUCGUUCGUACGGAACUCACUCGUCCCGUUGUGCCUUACGAGCGCCUCUCAACCAUUGUACAUUUCCGAUCACGUGUCAACAUGGUGACACGUGGUCCGCACCAAGUUUAUUUCUGUCGAUUUUAUUCAUUGUCCAUUGUUGAAAUUGGCGAGAUCUUUGAAGGCAAUGUCGCUAUCUACUAUUUUAUCGCAGAUGAGUGACUUUUUGCCCACUUAAAUUGAGUCCCAAAAUUAUGACGUUAAUUACUAUAUUGCCAAGUAUGUCUCACCUGAUCAUCUGUCCUCUCGCCUUUUCACAUUUUAGGCGGAAAUUUUCAUUUGAAGCCCUAAAUUCGGGCUGGGAAGAACUUGUACACCGCCUUUCUCUUAUGCAUUUCCAGAUUUUCUCUCAAAUACACAUUUUUACUCACUAUGUCCUCUUGUUCAAAAAUGCCCCCGUAUUGUUCACAUACAGGGUUCAGGCAAAAGCUACAGUAGGUGGGCUAACUCAUAAAAUUCCAAUCGGAAUGCCGAAAUUCGUCUUCGUUUCGAAAAAGAUUAUUUAAGUAGGGUUGUGAAACUAAUCUUCGUGCAGCAUAAUGCUAUAAUAAUUCAGUUGCCUCAGGAUGCCGGCUUUCGAACGAACUUCUUUCCGGCUGCAUGCAAAAAACUACACUCUGCAAAACAUUACUACAUAAAUAGCAUGCGUUUUUCUCAUUAAUUUUCGCUGUCCUUAGAAAUUCAACUGUAUUUCAUGGAAAUCAUGCAUAAAAAUGUUAAGUCUUUUGCUCAUUUGGUAGGAAAUUGUGUCUUCCUCUAAUUUUAUACUCGAAGGAAGGAUCUAAUUCGGUUUUCAAAAACUUUUUCAAUUCCUGAAUAACUUUGAGUUUUUCCUGUCGUCACACUGGUAUUCAGGGUUUCCAAACUACAAGCCUUAUAUUUUCUGCGUACGGAAGACCAUACAUUUCUCUACGGUAUUAAGAGGAGACCAUUUGGCAUUCAUAAAAUUUAGCGGUAGAUUUGAGCCAUAUCAUUAACCUUACAAGCCGCAUUGGUAAAUGCAGAGACAUGGCGUUUUAUGGACGGCCAUUUCACGGUAUUAAAGAAUCUCCCAAUUAGACACUUCAAAAACCGAAUUAUGCCCCUUCUUCAAAUAUAAAAUUUGAAGAAGACAUGAUUUUCUACGGAAUGAGUAGAAGAAUGAAUAUUUUUAUGCAUGACUUCUAUGAGAUAUAAUUGAGUUUCUAAGGGCAUCGAAAAACAAUGGGGAAAAUGCAAGCUACUUCAGUAGUCAUUUAUUGCAAAUUGUGGUUUCUGCAUGAGGCCGGAAAGAAUUUCGUUCGAAAGCUGGCACCCUGAAGUAACUGAAUUAUUAUAGAAUUACGCUGCAAGAUGAAUCCUUUUACAACCCUAUCUAAUUAAUCUUUUCGAAACGAAAGCGCAUAUCGAAAUUUCGUUGGACAUUUCAUGAGUUAGCCCACCUACCGUAUACGCUUACAAGUUAUAAUAGUGUGUAAUAUGUAACCAGUAAGCUACCCGUAUAAGUUUACAAUCCGUACGUAUGCGUGCGUUCAUUGUUGUUGUAUCGAAACGGAGGUCUGGCUGGACCUCGGCUUGUUUGGAUCGGACUAUGCAAAGUCCGCGCGAGCCGUACAUGUGGCAUGUUGAGGGUUGGGGUUGGAAUUGCACAGUGCUUUCCCUCAUUUCACUAUUUCGAAGGCGAUGUUGCUAUCUAAUAUUUUGUCGCAGAUGAGCGGCUUUUCGCCCACAUAAUUCUUGUCCCAAACUUAUGGCGUUAACUACUAUCUUGCCGAGUAUGUCUCUGUCGUUCAGUAUUGCGUCGCAACUAGGGAGCUUUUGGUUCAGUUCUCGCACAUAAUUCAAGCCUCAUAAUUAUGGCGAUAUUUAAUUAUGGGCAGUCUAACCCUUCCUCCUCCUACCUUCUUGCUGAGCAUGUCUCAGUCGCUCACCGCUCUUUCCGCGCUUUCACAUUUUAGGCCGAACUUUUCAUCUGA